CAGCAAGCACACGCUUCCAAACAAAACUUGUAAGACGAGAUAAAAAAAGAAUAACAAAUUCCCCAACUUUCUCCAAUCUCUUUCUUCGAGCUGAUUCUUCUUUCUUCGCUCGAUGAUCCAUAUAUCUAAUGGGUCGGAUCGCCGGAUUCUUACGUCUCCGGCUGUUCACCCCUGCCAGGCUAUAGCUCCGGCUACGCUCCUCAAUUCGUUGAUUGAGCUUGCGCACACCAUUUCCGAUUAUCGAUGCAGGUUCUUCGCCAGCAAUAAGCAAAACGUGCGCCAUUCGAUCCGCCAAAUGGGAGUCCUACUGGUUUUUCUCGAGGAGGCCCGAAACGCGCAUCCUGCUCUUCCGGAUUCCGUGGUCCUGGGUUUCUCGGAGCUCCACCUGAACUUCCAGAAGCUUCAGUACCUGUUGGAGGACUGUACGCGCGAAGGCGCUCGGCUGUGUAUUCUAAUGAAGUCGGAGAGCGUGGCGAACCAGUUUCGGGUCCUGACCCGAGCGAUCUCAGUAGCUCUAGAUGUUCUUCCAUUGGACGCGAUAGAGGUCUCCGUCGAAGUCAAGGAGCACGUUGAGUUGGUAAUAAGGCAAGCACGAAAAUCAAGGUUCGAGGUUGAGCCGGACGAUAAAGCUGCCUUGAGCUUUGUAUUCUCGGUUCUGAGUCUAUUCGAGGAUGGGAUUGUUCCGGAUAGGAGUGACUUGAAUCGGGUUGUUACCUAUCUGGGAAUUAGAAACUGGAGCGAGUGUCAUAAGGAGGUUAAGUUCUUGGAAUCUGAAAUUGCAUUGGAGUCAAUGAAGGAGGAAAAGAGAGAGGUAGGAUUUUUAAAUAGUCUAAUGGGGUUCAUGUGCUACUGCCGGUGCGUUUUGUUUGAUGUGGUCGAUAGCCACCCCUCCGAUAGUAGAACCGGAAGAAGUAGAAGCGAGGUGAUGCUGCCCAAUUGUCUUAACCCGGACGAUUUUCGGUGUCCGAUCUCUCUCGAGUUUAUGGUCGAUCCGGUGACGGUAUCGACGGGGCACACCUACGAUCGCUCUUCAAUUCUCAAAUGGUUCAGGGCGGGGAAUAAGACCUGUCCAAAAACAGGUCAGAAGCUACCCAAUACAGAACUGGUUCCGAACUUGGCACUGCUGAAGCUGAUUCAGCAGUACUGCUUCGAAAAUGGUAUUCCAAUUGCUGAAUCGGGUCGCAGGACUCGGGACUCGGGAAGGGCAGUUUCGGUUUCAGCGGGGAGUUUGGCGGCCGAGGGAGCAAUCAAAAUGGUGGCCACCUUCCUUGCUAGUAGGCUCGAGACUGGGACAGGGGAGGAGGAAAUGGACAGAAACAAGGCUGCAUAUGAGGUCCGGGUUCUAUCGAAAACAAGCGCUUAUAACCGGUCUUGUUUGGUGGAAGCCGGUGCCAUACCUCAUCUGUUGAUGCUGUUGUCGUCCUCGAAACGGUCCUCGACCCAGGAGAAUUCUAUGGCGGCCCUAUUGAACCUUUCAAAGCAUCCGAAAAGCAAAGCUAUUAUUGUUGAAAAUGGGGGAUUGGAAGUGGUUGUAGGCAUACUAAACAAGGGACUGAACCUACAAUCUAGGCAGCACGCUGCUGGUACACUGUUUUACCUUGCUUCGAUCGAGGAGUACCGGGAGUUGAUCGGGGAAACUCCGGAGGCAAUUCCGGGUUUGAUAACGCUGAUUAAAGAUGGAACCGAUCGAGGGAAAAAGAACGCACUGGUUGCGAUAUUCGGGCUUCUUAUGGACCCUGAAAAUCAUUCCAGGGUGCUUGUUGCUGAGGCGAUCCCUGUGCUGGUCAAUCUUUUGGAGUCUUCCAGUGAUAGAGAAGAUCUUGUCGUGGAUUCCCUAGCAAUACUCGAAACUCUGGCAGUGAAACCUGAAGGAACAAUAGCAAUUCUGUAUCUUCGCAGUGCCUUGCAGUCGAUUCUGGAGGUUCUUAAUUCCUCUUCUACUUCAAGGGCAAGCAAGGAGAACAGUGUGUCUUUGUUGCUGGCUCUGUGCAUAAACGGUGGGGCAGAUGUGGUUGCUCUUUUGGUGAAGAGCCCUGGUCUCAUGGGAUCAUUGUAUUCCCUACUCAGCGAAGGCACAUCUCGAGCAAGCAAGAAAGCCAGCACUCUCAUCAGGGUCAUCCAUACUUUUUUCGACAGGAGACCCUCUGGCUCAACGAGUCCCAUUCUUCCGCAAGAACAAUUUGUUCACGCAUGGUAAUCAAAUUCUUUUUUUCUUUUCCUUUUCAGUUACCUAAAGAAAACCCAACUUUUUCCGGGUUUUCUUUCAUCAUUCUUUAUAGGCUUCUGUAACCUGCAAAUACUUACUCUUUUGUAACUUUGAGGGAUUGCUUUUCUUUCGGGUUUGGUCAUAUGCUAUUAGCUCGACUUUUAAAGGGCUAAUAACCGUAUGAUCUGUGUAUUUUUAAUGAAGCUUGGUAUAGAAGUAAUGUUGUAUAGUUGGUACAAUAAUAUCGUGUUCUGUUUUUGUGAACAUUA